AUGCCGCGCAGCCCGACGUCCAGCGAGGACGAGAUGGCCCAGAGCUUCUCCUACUCUUCGGACGAAUCGGACUCGGACAGCUCCAAGGAAGAGACCAUUUACGACACCAUCCGGGCCACAGCAGAAAAGCCGGGCGGCGCCAGGACAGAGGAGAGCCAGGGCAACACGCUGGUGCUGCGAAUCGUCAUCGAGGACCUGCAGCAGACGAAAUGCAUUCGAUUUAACCCAGAUGCGACAGUGUGGGUUGCAAAGCAGCGGAUUCUGUGCUCGUUGAACCAGAGCCUGAAGGACGUCCUGAACUACGGGCUGUUCCAGCCGGCGAGCGACGGGCGCGACGGCAAGUUCUUGGAUGAGGAGCGGCUUCUGCGCGCGUACCCGCAGCCCGCGGGCAGGGGCAUCCCCUCCCUGGAGUUUCGCUACAAGAAGCGGGUGUAUAGACAAUCCAAUCUGGAUGAGAAACAGUUGGCCAAGCUGCACACAAAGACCAACCUGAAAAAAUGCAUGGAUUACAUCCAGCAUCGUUCGGUGGAAAAGGUUGUCAAGAUGCUGGAACGAGGCCUGGAUCCGAAUUUCCAUGACCUGGAGACCGGAGAGACUCCCCUGACCUUAGCCGCGCAGCUGGACGACCCCGUGGAGGUGAUCAAAGCUCUCCGAAACGGCGGGGCCCACCUGGACUUCCGCGCCAAAGACGGGAUGACGGCCCUGCACAAAGCCGCCCGCGCCAGGAGCCUGCUGGCCCUGAAGACCCUGUUGGAGCUUGGAGCAUCCCCGGAUUAUAAGGACAGCUACGGUCUCACGCCGCUGUAUCACACUGCGGUGGUCGGGGGCGACCCCUGCUGCUGCGAGCUGCUGCUGCACGAGCACGCGGCCGUGAGCUGCAAGGACGAGAACGGCUGGCACGAGAUCCACCAGGCCUGCAGGUACGGACACGUGCAGCACCUGGAGCACCUGCUCUUCUAUGGGGCUGACAUGGGGGCCCAGAACGCCUCGGGGAACACUGCCCUGCACAUCUGCGCCCUCUACAACCAGGACAGCUGUGCACGCGUGCUGCUGUUUCGGGGUGGAGAUAAGGAAUUGAAGAACUACAACAGCCAGACCCCAUUCCAGGUGGCGAUCAUAGCUGGUAACUUCGAGCUGGCUGAGUACAUCAAGAACCACAAGGAAACCGACAUCGUGCCCUUCCGAGAGGCCCCGGCGUACUCCAACCGAAGGCGACGGCCCCCCAGCACACUGGCCGCCCCCCGGGUUCUGCUGCGUUCCAACAGCGACAACAACCUCAAUGCCAGCGCGCCUGACUGGGCCGUCCACUCGGCCGGCCCCCACCGCAGCCUCUCGCCCCAGCUGCCGCAGCAGAUGCUCAGCAAGCCCGACGGGGCCGUGAAGACCCUUGGGAGCUACACCUCCGGACCCCGCAGCCGAUCCCCCUCGCUCAACAGGCUGGGCGGCACCGGCGAGGAUGGCAAGAGGCCCUGGCAGCCCUGGCACGUCGGUCCGGCUUUCCUGCCAGGCGCCAACAAGGAUGCGCUCUCGGCCUUCGAGUACCCGGGGCCCAAGAGGAAGCUGUACAGCGCGGUCCCCGGGAGGCUCUUCGUUGUCGUCAAGCCCUACCAGCCCCAGGUCGAUGGUGAGAUCCCCCUUCACCGUGGCGACAGGGUCAAAGUUCUGAGCAUCGGCGAAGGGGGCUUCUGGGAAGGCAGCGCCCGCGGCCACAUCGGAUGGUUCCCAGCCGAGUGUGUGGAGGAGGUCCAGUGCAAGCCCAAGGACAGCCAGGCAGAAACUCGUGCAGACCGCAGCAAGAAACUCUUCCGCCACUACACGGUCGGCUCUUAUGACAGCUUUGAUGCUUCCAGUGACUGCAUCAUCGAGGAGAAGACCGUGGUCCUACAGAAGAAAGACAAUGAGGGUUUCGGAUUUGUGCUCCGCGGGGCGAAAGCGGAUACGCCCAUCGAAGAGUUCACGCCAACGCCAGCGUUCCCAGCCCUGCAGUACCUGGAGUCCGUGGAUGAAGGUGGGGUGGCAUGGCAAGCCGGACUGAGGACUGGGGACUUCUUGAUUGAGGUUAACAACGAGAAUGUCGUGAAGGUCGGCCACCGGCAGGUGGUGAACAUGAUCCGCCAGGGAGGGAAUCACCUCGUCCUCAAGGUGGUCACAGUGACCAGGAAUCUCGACCCAGACGACACGGCCAGGAAGAAAGCUCCUCCGCCCCCGAAGCGCGCCCCGACCACGGCCCUCACGCUGCGCUCCAAGUCCAUGACCUCGGAGCUGGAGGAGCUCGUGGAUAAAGCCUCCGUCCGGAAGAAGAAGGAUAAACCCGAUGAGAUAGUCCCAGCCUCCAAGCCAUCCCGAACUGCUGAGAGCGUGGCAGUGGAGUCCAGGGUGGCCACCAUCAAGCAGCGGCCCACCAGCCGGUGCUUCCCCUCUGUCUCGGACGUGAACUCCGUGUACGAACGCCAGGGGAUCGCCGUGAUGACGCCCACCGUUCCUGGGAGCCCGAAAGGCCCGUUCCUGGGCCUCCCUCGAGGUACGAUGCGAAGGCAAAAAUCAAUAGACAGCAGAAUCUUUCUAUCAGCCCCGCCACAGUCGGUGCCCCCCUCUCCUCCCCCACCCUCCCCCACUGCCUACAACUGCCCCAAGUCCCCAACUCCCAGAGUCUACGGGACGAUCAAGCCCGCGUUCAAUCAGAACUCCGCCGCCAAGGUGACCCCGGCAGCUCGCUCCGACACGGUGGCCACCAUGAUGAGGGAGAAGGGGCUGUACCACAGGAGGGAGCUGGACCGCUACUCCCUGGACUCCGAGGACCUCUACAGCCGCAACGCCGCCGCCCAGGCCGCCUUCCGCGGCAAGAGGGGGCAGAUGCCCGAAAACCCGUACUCCGAGGUGGGGAAGGUGGCCAGCAAAGCCGUCUACGUCCCCGCCAAGCCCGCCAGGCGGAAGGGCGUGCUGGUAAAGCAGCCCAACGUGGAGGACAGCCCCGAGAAGACGUGCUCCAUCCCCAUCCCGACCAUCAUCGUCAAGGAGCCCUCCACCAGCAGCAGCGGCAGGAGCAGCCAGGGCAGCAGCACGGAGGUCGAGCCCCAGGCCUCCGAGCAGCCGGGCCAGCUGCGGCCCGACGACAGCCCGGCCGCCAGCAGCCCCUUCGCCGCCGCCAUCGCCGGCGCCGUCCGCGACCGGGAGAAGCGGCUGGAGGCCAGGAGGAACUCGCCGGCCUUCCUGUCCACGGACCUGGGGGACGAGGACGUGGGCCUGGGGCCGCCCGCCCCCCAGGCACGGCCCUCCAAGUUCCCCGAGGAGGGCGGGUUCGGCGAGGAGGACGGCACCGAGCAGCUGUCGUCACCCACGCCAGGGGCGGCGACCGGGGAGCCCGAGAACCACUUUGUGGGUGGUGGCGAGGCCGGAGCUCAGGGUGAGGCCGGCAGGCCACUGAAUUCCACGUCCAAAGCCAAGGGGCCCGAGAGCAGCCCUGCAGCUCCCCUCAAGAGCAGCAGUGCGGCCGGCCCCGAGAAUUACGUCCACCCGCUCACGGGGAGGCUGCUGGACCCGAGCUCCCCGCUGGCCCUGGCGCUCUCUGCGAGGGACCGAGCCUUGAAGGAGUCCCAGCAGGGCCCCAAGGGGGAGGCCCCCAAGGCCGACCUCAACAAACCUCUCUACAUCGAUACCAAAAUGCGGCCCAGCGGGGAAGCAGGCUUCCCUCCGGUCACCAGGCAGAACACGCGGGGGCCCCUGAGGCGGCAGGAGACGGAAAACAAGUACGAGGCCGACCUGGGCAAGGAGCGGAAGGGCGACGAGAAGGGCACGCUCACCAACGUCGCGGAUGCGUCCCAGCGGAAGUCGGCCGGCCUGCUGAUGGUACACACCGUGGACGUGGCCAGGCCGGACGCCUUCCUGCAGGAAGAGGACGAGGAUGCCGACGCGGAAACGAAGCCGGACCGCUCGCCGUCCGAGGUGCCAGAAGGCGUUCCCGAAACUGAAGGUGCUUUACCGAUCCCCGCUGGCCCCGAGCCCGCGGCCGCCGCGCCCGGCAGGACCGUCGUGGCGGCGGGCUCCGUGGAGGAGGCGGUGAUCUUGCCGUUCCGCAUCCCUCCCCCACCUCUGGCGUCCGUGGAUCUGGAUGAGGAUUUUAUUUUUACAGAGCCACUGCCUCCUCCCCUGGAAUUUGCAAACAGUUUUGAUAUCCCCGAUGACCGCGUUGCUUCUGUCCCUGCACUCUCGGACCUGGUCAAGCAGAAGAAAAACGACGCCCCCCAGUGCCCUUCGUUGAACUCCAGCCAGCCCACCAACUCUGCGGACAGUGAGAAGCCAGCUGGCCUUUCGAACUGUCUGCCCGCCUCAUUCCUGCCACCCCCCGAAAGCUUUGACGCCGUCACGGACUCUGGGAUCGAGGAGGCGGACAGCCGGAGCAGCAGCGACCACCACCUCGAGACGACCAGCACCAUCUCCACGGUCUCCAGCAUCUCCACCCUGUCCUCCGAGGGCGGGGAGAGCGUGGACACCUGCACCGUCUAUGCAGAUGGGCAGGCGUUUACGGCCGACAAGCCCCCAGUACCUCCGAAGCCAAAAAUGAAGCCCGUGAUUCACAAAGGCAACGCGCUUUACCACGACGCGCUGCUGGAGGAGGACGCGGACAGCUUUGUGAUCCCCCUGCCGGCACGCCCGCCGCCCCCCGGCGCGGCCCAGCCCGGGACCACGAAGGUUAUCCAGCCGAGGACCUCCAGGCUGUGGGGUGACAUCUCGGAGGUCAAAAGCCCGAUUCUCUCUGGCCCAAAGGCGAACGUGAUUAGUGAGUUGAACUCAAUCCUGCAGCAAAUGAACCGAGAGAAAACGGCAAAGCCGGGGGAAGGACUGGACUCGCCAGCGGGAUCCAAGCCUGCCAGCCUCGCUCCAAGAGGCCCAGAGGUCAUGAGCACCGUCUCAGGUACGCGGAGCACGACGGUCACCUUCACGGUUCGCCCUGGGACCUCCCAGCCCAUCACCCUGCAGAGCCGGCCCCCAGACUAUGAGAGCAGGACCUCAGGACCAAGACGUGCCCCCAGCCCCGUGGUCUCGCCCACAGAGCUGAACAAAGAGAUCCUGCCUGCGCCCCUGUCCGCUGCCGCCGCGGCUCCCUCUCCCACCCUCUCGGAUGUCUUCGGCCUCCCAAGCCAGCCCCCUCCCGGGGACCUGUUUGGCUUGAACCCAGCGGGACGCAGCAGGUCGCCAUCCCCCUCCAUACUGCAACAGCCAAUCUCCAAUAAGCCUUUUACAACUAAACCUGUCCACCUGUGGACUAAACCAGACGUGGCGGACUGGCUGGAAAGCCUCAACCUGGGUGAGCAUAAAGAGGCCUUCAUGGACAACGAGAUCGACGGCAGCCACCUGCCAAACCUCCAGAAGGAAGACCUCAUAGAUCUGGGCGUGACGCGAGUCGGGCACAGAAUGAACAUAGAAAGGGCUUUGAAGCAGCUGCUGGACAGAUAA